AUGGGGUGUAUACAGUCCAAACCAGCUGUCAAGGACCCGUUACCAGACCGAGUCAGCGAAGAUGAAAGUGGAUCGGCGAAAAUUGACGAAACAUCGCAAUCGCAAGCCAAGGUAGCGUCGGGUCGCAGCGUUGACGAUGCGACGGCUGGGAAAUCGGCUUCGGGUCGCCUGCCGUCGCUUUUCAGUAAAAGCCGUCGCAGGGAUGACCAGGGCGACAGCACGGACAACGGCGACGACAAAGGCGUGGAGUCGUCGCCGCGGGAAGCGACGGGCAUCCACUGUUUGCCAACGGGGGGCGUCCGCGGAUUCAAGUCCACACAAUCCUCAGCCUCACCAGCAGGCGCUGCUGCCGCACCAACUGCGUCACCCACGCGAGGGGAAGCUCCUGCAGCAGAGGAGGCGACCACCCCUGUUGGCCCCAAGCUCAUCCGCUCCAAGGGCAAAAUUGAGAUCAUGGGGUUUGAAGUGGCAAACGUGAUCGUGAGGGCAAUCAACCUGCGCCAGUCGCUGCUAGAGCGGGAUAUAGAGGACCUUCGGGCGGAGGUGCUGGCGUCAGAGGGCAUAAGGAUGCUGGUCUCGGAUGAUUUCUACCACGUCUGGUGCAUUGCUGCCGAGGACAAGCGGGGCGAGUUGAGAGCAGUGGCGAGGGAUGUGGCACGGCUAGGCAAGCAAUGUCUCGACCCGGCAUUGCAUUCGCUCACACAGGCCUUUGACGCCCUGGGCACCAUGGACGGUCCCAAGGGCCGAAUGACAUCAGUGGAGGUGGAGGGGGAGUUGCGAGCGCUGGAGGGGCAGGCGCAGAUCACAGCGGAGCUGUACCACGAAUUGGCAAAUCUGGAGCAGCUGCAGCAGUCGCUGGACAGACGGGUGAAGCAGGAUUCGGACUCUGCUGUCAACAGAGAGCUGAUCGCGCAGAUGCGGGCGGAGAUGAAGGCGCAGGAGAAGAUAGUGAAAACGAUGAAGAAGAAAGGGCUCUGGUCGAAAACCAUGGACGAGGUGGUGGAAAAGCUGGUGCAGGUGGUCAUAUUCCUGCAUGACCAAAUUGUGGACGUGUUCGGGGCCGAUGUGGUGAAGGUGGGGCGUCUCAUGUCCGGCACGCCUCCCACGGCUGCUGAUUUAAGGAAACUCGGAGUGAACGGCAUGGCGCUGCAAUACGCCAACAUUGUCAACAUGAUCGACACGAUGGUGAUGCGCCCAGCGUGUGUGGAGACACAAAGGGAGGCGCUUUUCUCUGCCCUGCCUGCUUCUGUUUGUGGGCGGUUAAAGCGCACGCUGCUGCAGUCGCAAGACAUAGAGCAGGAGAGCACGGAGAGCAUCCGGCAAAAGAUGGAGGCGGUGCUGGACUGGCUGGUGACUAUGGCGGAAAACACCAUCCGGUUUGGGCUGGACAGCAGGGUGCAGGGGCACACGGACCUGACCCUCCUGCAGACGCUGCAGCAUGUGGAUCACCUCAAGAUGGAGCGCCUCGUGCUGCUGCUGCUCGUGGGCCUGCAGCACCUCGCCAGCCGCAGCGCGGACAAUGACUGGAGUCCCGUGCCCCGGGGGGUGGUGCUUGCGCCAGUGUAUUCGCCUAGAGUGAUGUCGCCGGAUCGUGCCGGUUCUUCUGCUGCUGCCGCUGGUGGUUCUGCUGGUGAUGGUGAUGGUAUUGGUGCUGCUGGUGAUGGUGCUGAUUCGGCUGCUGCUGCUGCUGCUGCUGCUGCUGCGGGUGAAUUGGAAGGGCUGGUGGUUCGUGCUAAUGGGGAGAAGACUGGAGAGACAGGAGAGGCAGGAGACAAAAUUACUGCUGUAGUAACAGCCUUUGCCAGUGCCGGUGCCGCUGCCACUGGUGCUGCUGCUGCCGUGUCAGACAUUGCUCCUGCUGCCGCCCAAUUGGCUGGGUCUGAUGAGGCAGUUGCGUCUGUUCCAGAGGAUUUCCGGCUCCCGUUGCCUAAGUCCACUUCUGUAGAGUCACAGGGGGCAGCUGAAGGAGCAGCAGCAGCAGCAGGAGCAUCAGGAGCAGCAGCAGGAGAAACAGCAGGAGGAGGGGGGGGUAAGGAGGCAGAGCUGUCUGUCGCGCUGCCCAUCUCUCUCUCGCUCACCCGUCGCAGCCUCUCAGAAAGCGUCCCAACAGUGGGCGACUGGGAAACCCUUCCGCGACGCAUUGCAGCAAUGGAAGAGGAGGAGAAGGCACGGGCAGAGGAAGGGGGUGCGGAUUCUGCCACAGCAGAGGGGUUGGGAGGUGUGGAGACUGGUCGGCCUCGAUCGGCUGGUCUUGAAGCUGGUGCGGUGGAUGCGGCAGGCUCGGCCGAGCCUCCGGUGUGGCGGCAGGUCCGGCAGGCGUCUCUCACUGACGUGUCUCUGGAGCCGGUACCAGAGGUGGAGGUGAUGGAAGGGGAGGAGGGAGAGGGCGAGGGAGAGGAGGAGGGAGAGGGAGAGAAGGGAGAGCGAGAGGAGGGAGCGGAGGAAGAGGAGGUGCAUGAGAAAGAGAAGGACGAUUUGUUGGCUCCUCUGGCGUCUAAGGCUGGAGGAGGUGGUGGGAGUCGUCCGUCUAGCAGCAGUGGAAAGCUUGUCCCAGCUGCCGCUGCUGCCACUGCUGCUGCUGCUGGCGUUGCUGGUGCUUCUGCUUCCGCAGCAGAGAAUCCCGAAUCUCCUGCUGCCGCUGCUCGCAGGGCGCUAGCUAGUGGCAUGGGCACCAGCCGCAAGAGUCUAGAAAACGCCCUUCGCAUGGGGGGUAAUGCUGGUAAUGCCGCCGGAGCUUUCGGAAGCCCGCUCGACCGAAGCAAGCUGCCAGGCUCGGCUGCAGGUACGGGGCCGUUGUCAGGUGAAGCGCUGCUGGCAGCAAUGACCAUGAGCCAAGGCUUUGGUCCGGCAGCCCGAGGCGCAGCUUCAGAAGAGAUGAUGGAGGCGAUGCGAGAAGCCACGUACGGCCGAAGCAGGAGCCACACCUUUGCCAUGGCGGCUCGGCCCGAACCUAACCCGAGGUUCUUCACGAAAUCCCUAAGCAGAUACAGCCUGCUGAGGCGAAUGGAGGCGGAAGAAGCAGGGGGGGGUGGUGCUGGUGGCGGUGCGGGCAGCAGCAGCACUGGCGGGGGAGGGUCGAUCUUUGUGGCGCCUCAGAGGUUCCUACCGAUGACCCCUGCAACGGUGGAUGUGGAUCGAAUCCACGACGUGAAGCCUGAUCUGGAUCUCACUAGUGUGGCCAUGCCUAGACUGGGAGGGAGGCUGGUGUAG